AUGCUCCUUCAAUCCGCUUCAAGUUUGAUUCAUGAACCCUACAUUUCGACCAUAGCCACUUCGCUUAUACUGAUAUUGGUCUCACGGGUAUACUACCAGCUCUUCGUCAAUGCCCUUGGCAAAUAUCCCGGACCAAAGUUUGCAGCUGCAUCACGGAUACCUCAACUCUACCAUACCUUCAAAGGUGACAUGCUUGAAUGGGUUAGUGGACUACAUGCCACACACGGCAAUGUAGUCCGUGUCGCCCCGGAUGAACUGAGCUACGCGACUGGUGAGGCGUGGAAGGGAAUCUAUGGCCAUGCCUCUGCAGGAAAACCAGUUACGGAGAAGGACACUCGAUUCUAUGGCCCAUCAUUCAACGGAGCCCCAGAGAUUCUCCGGAGUAAUGGACCCGAUCAUUCCCGUUUCCGUCGCAACUUCUCGCAUGCCUUUUCUGAUCGCGCGCUUCGAGAACAGCAGUCCUUAAUCUGUGGAUAUGCGGACAGUUUAGUUGACAACCUCCACAGAACGAUCAAGGAGGAUCCCAAAUCGAAAAUCAAUAUGGUCCGCAUGUUCAAUUUAACGACUUUUGAUAUCAUGGGUGAUUUGACCUUCGGUGACUCUUUGAAUCUGUUAGCUGGAACUGGUAAUACCAGUUGGGUUUCUGCGGUUUACGUCAGUGUAAAAACCAACUCUUUGCGCAGACUGGCACGCUACGUCCCUUGGACCGCUGCAAUUGCCCAAAGGUUCAUUCCGAAGGAGCUGAAGCAACAGACUGUUGCUCACUACCAGGCCUCCCAGGAGCGUGUCGACAAGAGGAUAGACGGCAACCAUACGCUGCAAAAACCUGACAUUUGGGGUAUUGUCAUGAGCCAAAAGGAGGAUCUCCGUCUUAGCCGCAGAGAGAUGUAUGCCAAUUCCCAGGUUUUUAUGGUUGCAGGUACCGAGACUACUGCAACGGCGCUAAGUGGUUUGCUCUAUCAUCUGCUGAUGACGCCUGAAAAGAUGAAGAUCAUUAUAGAGGAAGUUCGUGGGACUUUCGAGAAAGAUUCUGAUAUGGACAUGAGAGCUCUCGAGCGCAUGACAUAUCUCAAUGCUUGCAUUGAGGAAGGGUUGCGCAUCUACCCUCCAGUCCCGGUUGGUCUGCCUCGCGUCACUCCCGAUGAGGGAUUGCUUGUCUGUGGAGAACAUAUCCCAGGAAAAACCGCGGUUUCGGUUCAUCACUGGGCUACCUAUCGCAGCGCUCAAAAUUUUAGGCUGCCAGAUCAGUUCAUCCCUGAGCGUUGGAUUGACGAUGAGUUUGCCACAGAUAAUAAGGCUGCAUUCCAACCAUUCUCAUUCGGCCCUCGCAACUGCCUUGGAAAGAAUCUGGCAUACCAUGAAAUGCGUCUCAUUCUUGCCAAGGUGCUGUAUAACUUUGAGCUUUCUCUGCUCCCUGAAUCUAUUGGUUGGGAAAAGCAGAAGACGUUCUUUCUGUGGGAGAAGAAGGAUUUGAUGGUUCAGCUGAAGGCGAGAAAAUAA